AUGGUGCCGCCACGUAGACGCGAGGACUACCCAGAAGCACCAAUCGUGGAGCAGCUGAUGCAGAAUCUUCAGCAGCUGACGCAGAUCACCCAGCUACUCGGAAACGCGAUGGUGCAGAACAACCAGCGCGGGCAGCCAGACUUGGUUCGGAGGGUGGCGGGGCAACUCCCACCCUUCUUCGCCGGAGAGGAGGACCCCGUGAUCUUGGAGGAGUGGAUCCGGGCGCUUGACAAGAUCCUCGAGGUGGUGGAGUGCCCACCAGGUCGCCAGGUCGAGGUGGCGAGCUUUUACCUAAAGGAGGAAGCUGACUUGUGGUGGGUCCACGGCGGCCCAGCGAUGCGGCAGGAGCCCGACUUUGGUUGGGAGACGUUCAAAGACCGGUUGAGAGCUCGCUUCUAUCCAGCUCAUGUCAAAGCGGCGAUGCAGGAGGAGUUCUUGCCCCUCAAGCAGGGGUCGAGGACGGUGCAGGAGUACCACCGGCGUUUCUUGGAGUUGGCUCGUUUCGCGCCGACGUUAGCCCCGACUGAGGAGACCCGGAUCGAGCGGUUCGUGGCUGGGUUGAACUUGGAUACGCGUAUGGCCUUGGUCGUAUUCAAGUUUCAGACGCUGAGCGAGGCCUACAGCAGCGCCGCUGACCAUUACCGCGUGCUGUCUAUCCGUCAGGGGAUCCAGGACCGCUCCAAGCGGCCAGCUGAGGGUAGAGCUUCAGACUCCAAGCGGUACAGGCACGGGAGCUCCGGGAUGAGAGCCGGUUUUCAGCGAGGAGGUGCUAGUCACAGCGGUGGAUCUCGCCCUAGCUUUGGGCAGGGAUCAGGGGGCAAUGGAGCGCGCACUCGACGCUUCGACUGCAGACGCUGUGGGAGGGAUCACCCCGGUCGCGACUGCGAGGGGAGGUUGGUGGAGUGCUACAGCUGCGGGUUGCGAGGACAUCGGGCCUAUGAGUGCACGGCAAAGAAGGGAGGACCACCUCAGCCCCGACCGAGCGCAGCACAGGGAGCCCCAGCAGCGACCCGACCCUCUCGAGAGGCCGAGGGUAGUGGAGGCAGCCGGCCGAGUGGAGGCCGAGGGCAGCAGGCGGGGCCACAGCAGAGAAAGAUCUUCGUGAUGGGCCGUACUCAAGCUGAGGCCAAUGGACUUGAAGAAGGUAACUUUCGAGCUUAA